AUGACACGUGCCCACUUCGGAAUUUGCCGGAGUUAUUAUUCCCCGCAAACAGUUUCCUACCUUGAAGAUCUAAAGCAUUCCCGCCAACAGUACAUCUUGAACUGCGAUGCGCUCCUCGAACGCGCGGCUUCUCUUGCCAGUAUCGAACUACAGCGCAGGGAUUUCGUCCCAUCGACUCUCGAAACGCAGGCUAUCCGCGAAAUAUCAAAGGAGCUGAUCAACGAGAUACGCUCAAUUGACGCAGAGGACGAGCGGCUCCGCCACCUUCGUUGUCAGAUGGUCAACCAGCUCGAAGUCAACCAGUCCGUCGCUGCUCCCGUGCGCCGUUUUCCCCCCGAACUUCUAUCGGAGGUGUUCAUUCACUACUCGGAGUCGAUUUCCUCCACUCUCUGUAUGAUGACUGUUCCCUGCGUCUGCAGGUUUUGGCGGAGGGUCGCUCGAAGCACGCCCAAACUAUGGACGUCUUUCAACUCUAGACCGCAAGAUCGAUCAUAUCGUCACCUCUGGCCAGACAUAUUGGCCCUGUCUGGAAUGCUUCCGCUCACUCUUGAUCAUUAUGCGAUCGACGACGAACGUCUCGAAGAGUUUUUCGAAUUCUUGCGUCCACAUGCCGUACGGUGGCAAAGUAUCAACUUGUCUGGAACUUGUACCACAUUUCAGAGGCAGCCGAGCACUUGCCUGCCAAACCUCGAAGUGGCUUACAUCUUUCUGAAGGAGCGUACCGGUAACGGGGCUCUCAAGUUCCUCGCGAACACGCCAGCGUUGAAGCUCCUCAGGCUCGAGCUCGUCAUUCCGCCCAACGGUUCCGAGGCGAUGCUACCCGCAGAGGAGAUGGGUGCCUUCAUACUGACAGAUAUCUUGUCCAUACUACGGAGCUGUCACGCGUGCUUGACGACUUUGAACGUUUUGGUGCCCAACGUACCCGCGCUAGCACUGGAUGAUCUCCUAGUCAUGGAGAAACUCUCGACACUCGAGCUGGGCGCCGCUUCUUAUCGCCUGCUCGACUGUCUCGAGACACCCGCCGUCGAGAAAAUCAGCCUCGACAACAUUAACGAGCUCUCCGACGGCGACCCCUUCCCGACAUUGGCUGACUUCCUCGCCCGCUUGCGACAUCCUACCAAAGUCAAAGAGCUAUGCUUCACAUAUAUUAGGAUGCAAUCGCUAGAUGGCUCGUUCCUGGAGUGCAUGGAAUAUCUGCAACAUCUUCGGGAGCUGCAUGUGCAAGAGCCCACCAACUCUGCCAGAACCGCUCUAUCUUGCAGGGAUGUCCUGGUCGAGCUGACCUGCGUGGAGGACAGGGCGCCGCUCUUGCCGAACCUCGUCACAAUCUCCUUGACGGUCGAUGAGUCGGAUGGCCGUAUGUUACCCGCGUGGAGGAGCGCGUUGACGGAGAUGGUCAGGUCGAGGGAGGUGCCGCGCAUCUGUGCUGGGCAGGCCGUCGUCGCGUUGGAGCGGUUCGACACGAACGUGGAUUCCACAGUGGACAGUUGAAGGCUAGUCAUCGUUCUAAUUACUGACAAGCUCGUAUAUUGUCUUCUGUAGACAGAAGGGCUGUGUUCUCGAAUAGCCUAUGUACUGCACUCAAGUAUAUAGCCAAGCAAUUAGGAGGGAAUAUUACGCGGAUGCGUGACUGAGC